CUUUCUUUACACUACAACACUCACAACAGAAACCAGACUGAGAGAAUGGCUGCUGGAAACACUUUAGCCGAACUGCACAGUGAGCUGACAUGUUCAAUCUGUAAAGAGCUCUUCAGUGAGCCUGUGAUCCUGGAGUGCGGGGAUCACUUUUGCAAGAAGUGCAUCAGCCAGCUCUGGGGAAAAAAUGAAGGCGGUUUCUCUUGUCCUCAGUGCAGCGCCUCGGUGGAAAGGAGUUUCCGGCCCAACCUGCUUCUGACUAACGUUGUGGACAGCGUGAGACGGUCGAGGGCGGAGGCCUUGCAUGCUUCUCUGAAGGAAACUAAGUGUGAAGAACACAGAGAGGAGCUGAAGCUGUUCUGUGAAGAUGAUCAGAGAGCGAUCUGUGUGGUGUGUGGCUGCUCCAGGGAGCACAAAACCCACAAUGUUAUACCCAUCAAGGAAGCCUUCCAGACCUACAAGGAGAAGUUAGCAAAGUCCCUGUGGAGAAUUCAACAGCAAAUACAAGAAGCCACUCAAUUAAAGGCAGAGGUAGACAAGAAGAGAUUGGCUCUAAAGGAACAGGCUGAAAGCCUGGAAGUGCAGAUUGAAGAUGACUUUACUAAGCUUCACCAGUUCCUGGAUCAGGAAGAAGGAGUUCUGAUUAGUAAGCUACGGAAUGAGGAAGAGGGGCUGCGGAAACAACUGGAUGAGAAUGGGAGCUACAUCGCAGCAGAAGUGAGCAGACUGGAGCAAGCAGCCACAGAUCUGGAAAACAAACUGACGCUCCAGGAAACCCCUGAGUUGCUAAAGGAUAUUAAACAUCUCCUCCGUCGGACAGAGGUGAAGUUUCACAAACCAGAAGAGGCUUAUGUUAGCCUGCAGGCGGGAGAAUAUAUGGGUCCCCUCCAGUACAAAGUGUGGAAGAAGAUGAAGAGCAUCCUUCAUCCAGUUGCCUCCCCAGUGACCCUGGAUCAAGAUACCGCACACCCCCAGCUUAUUGUAUCAGAUUCUCUGACCAGUGUCAGGGUGGGAGACACCAUCCAAGCUCUCCCAGACAACCCAGAAAGGUUUACCAAGUAUCUCAUUGUCUUGGGCUCCGAGGGUUUCGUGUCUGGGAGACACUACUGGGAGGUGGAAGUGGGUGACAAGAUCGAGUGGGAGCUGGGUGUCGCCAGAAAGUCUGUCAAAAGGAAGGGGGAGAUUACAGCCUCCCCAGGGAACGGAUUCUGGCGCUUGAUUCUGAGGAAUGGCAAUCAAUACCAGGCUUGUGCCUCGCCCCCUGUCCGCUUAUCUGUUAAAGUUAAGCCCAGGAAGAUUGGAGUGUUCCUAGACUAUGACAGCGGGCAGGUGUCGUUUUACAAUGCUGAUGACAUGGCCCAUCUCUACACUUUCACGGACACUUUCUCUAACAAAAUCUACCCUUACUUCUAUCCUGGUGACAACGAAGGAGGUAAAAGUAAGGAGCUCAUGAAAAUCUUUACCCCUCAGUUAUAAACUGAGAUCCCAUCUGCUGUGCACAUGUCUUUUUUUACUCUAUACUGUAAAGGCAAAUUAAAAUGUAUAGUCAAAGUUU